AUGGAGAUCGGCGAUACAGAAUGUGCCAUCGCAACAGCGACGAGCGCUGGAGACGGAGAGGUUGAAGUUGUCAGCAAGAGACGGUUGAAGAAAAUGCGUCGUGCAGAGAGAGAUCCAGUCGAGCGCCAAGCCAAGAAGCGCAAGUCCAAGCAAGAAGCCAAAAGUGCUGCCAAAUUCCAGGCUGAAGUACCGACGUACUCAUUUGUCAAUGGUUAUCGGACGGUCGAGCCGUACGUGUACGAGUUUCGCACAUUUGCCAAGGCCAGGUGGUUCAACCGUGAGCUGCUGGAGGUUUUUACCACAGAAUUCGGCGCCAAUUCGCCAGAGUACUAUAGAUUUGCCAUUGCAUCGGGACGCAUCUCCGUGAACCAUCAGCUCGUGCCGACGGAUACCGUCAUCAAGAACGGAGAUUUGAUCAUUCAUACGGCUCAUCGGCACGAGCCUCCAGUGUCCGGAGAUGAGGUGGCAGUAGUGUAUGAGAACGACGAUCUGAUUGCCGUGUCGAAGCCGCCUUCCAUGCCGACUCAUCCGUGUGGAGCGUAUCGCCACAACUCGCUGCAUUCGAUCCUGCAAACAACUCGACCGGACCUUCCGCAGCUUCACGUCGUCCAUCGACUCGACCGACUCACAUCUGGUGUUGUGCUUCUAGCAAAGAAUGCGGCCAAGGCGAAGUCUCUGUCAUCAAUCAUCGCUAAUCGCCAGGCUUCCAAGACGUAUCUUGCGCGUGUGCGCGGUGACUUCCCAGCUCUCUUCGAUCAGGCAACCCAGGAGACGCUAGUGAGCAAAGCUAGAGUCAACUGCCCUGCCAGUGUGAUUACGUUCCCAGAGAAGGACACCCUCGUUAUUAGCUGUCCACUUCGCUGUCUGUCAGCUCGCGAUGGUGUGUGGGAGUGCCACGAAAACGGCAAAGCAUCGGAGACUUUGGUGCGUCUCGUCCGUGCAGACAAGUCAACGAGCCUCGUGAAAUGCCAGCCGGUCACAGGACGAACACACCAGAUCCGUCUGCACUUGCAACUCGUUGGAUUCCCCAUCGCCAAUGACCCUUGCUAUGGCGGCGAGCUGCAUUUUGGAGAGAGUGCAGAGCGCAUCGAAGAGAUUGCAGCGGCGAAGCGCAGCAAAGCUGAUCUUGUGCCAAAAGACACUGUGGACUAUUCAUCGCCUCGGAAGGAGGACGAGAGCGAGGAGGAGUUCGUGAGACGGACAUGUCCUUGGUGCUGCGUUGGGGACGCUGACGCUUUCAAGGAAACGCAGUUGCAUUGCUCAAAGAUUUGGCUACACGCUCUGGAGUACAAGCUGGACGAGUGCGUGUUCACGGCACCUGAACCCAGCUGGGCUGCUCUUCUGAGCUCGUCGUUAUUUUAG